CCCUGGCCCUUUGUCUCUGACCGCCCUGGCCUGAACUGGCUGGGCGGAGAUUCUCGCGAAUUAUCGGAUCUACGCGGAAAACGCGCUCGAGGCAAAUCUCUGACGCAUUUCCGGAGCGCCAGGGAAGAGGGAAGUCGUGGUGGUCGCGGGGGAGCCGGAAAGAUGGUGGUUACCAGGUCUGCACGGGCUAAGGCCAGCAUCCAAGCCGCGUCGGCUGAAAGUUCCGGGCAAAAGAGUUCUGCUGCUAAUGGGAUUCAAGCGCAUCCGGAAAGUAGUACUGGAUCUGAUGCCCGAACUGCUGAAUCACAGACCACUGGGAAACAAAGUUUAAUCCCUAGAACUCCUAAAGCUAGAAAGAGGAAGAGCAGAACUACAGGCUCACUACCAAAGGGGACCGAACCAUCUACGGAUGGAGAGACCUCUGAGGUAGAGUCAAAUUAUUCUGUGUCUGAGCACCAUGAUACCAUUUUAAGGGUAACUAGGAGAAGGCAGAUCUUAAUUGCAUGCUCCCCAGUGUCCAGUGUUAGGAAAAAGCCGAAAGUAACUCCAACAAAGGAGUCUUACACUGAAGAAAUAGUCUCUGAAGCAGAAUCUCAUGUUUCAGGUAUUUCUAGAAUUGUGCUUCCCACAGAAAAAACGACAGGAGCCAGAAGAAGUAAGGCUAAAUCUCUGACGGAUCCAAGCCAAGAAUCUCAUACAGAAGCUAUAUCUGAUGCUGAGACAUCAAGCUCAGACAUUUCAUUCUCUGGAAUUGCAACUAGAAAAACCAGGAGUAUGCAGAGGAAAUUAAAGGCACAAACUGAAAAGAAAGGUAGUAAGAUUGUACCAGGAAAUGAGAAACAGAUCGUGGGUACACCUGUGAAUUCAGAGGAUUCAGAUACCAGACAAACUUCCCAUUUACAAGCAAGAUCUCUUUCUGAGAUAAAUAAGCCAAAUUUCUAUAAUAAUGACUUUGAUGAUGAUUUAUCCCACAGAAGUUCAGAAAAUAUAUUAACAGUGCAAGAACAGGCCAAUGUUGAAUCUCUUAAAGAAACAAAACAGAAUUGUAAGGAUUUGGAUGAAGAUGCCAGUGGAAUAACAGAUGAGGGGAAAGAAAUUAAUGAGAAAAGUUCUCAGCUUAAGAAUCUUUCUGAACUUCAGGAUACUAGCCUUCAACAGUUAGUUUCUCAGAGACAUUCAACCCCCCAAAAUAAAAAUGCUGUAUCAGUGCACUCUAAUCUGAAUUCUGAGGCUGUAAUGAAAUCAUUAACUCAGACAUUUGCAACUGUGGAAGUAGGCAGAUGGAAUAACAAGAAAAAGAGCCCCAUAAAAGCAAGUGACUUGACAAAGUUUGGUGAUUGUGGUGGUAGUGAUGAUGAUGAAGAGUCCACAGUUAUAAGUGUCAGUGAAGACAUGAACGGUGAAGGGAAUAUAGAUUUUGAAUGUGAUACCAAACUAUACACGUCUGCGCCCAGCACAUCUCAGGGUAAAGAUAAUUCUGUCUUAUUAGUUCUCAGCAGUGAUGAAAGCCAACAGUCUGAAAACAGUGAGAAUGAAGAGGAUACUUUAUGUUUUGUUGAAAAUAGUGGCCAAAGGGAGUCAUUAAGUGGAGACACAGGAAGUCUGUCAUGUGACAAUGCAUUGUUUGUAAUUGACACAACUCCUGGAAUGAGUGCUGAUAAAAAUUUUUACUUGGAAGAGGAAGACAAGGCAAGUGAGGUUGCCAUUGAGGAAGAAAAAGAAGAGGAAGAGGAUGAAAAAAGUGAAGAUUCAUCAGACCACGACAAAAAUGAAGAUGAGUUUAGUGAUGAAGAAGACUUACUAAAUAGCACAAAGGCUAAACUUCUAAAGUUGACAAGCAGCAGCAUAGACCCUGGUCUGAGUAUCAAGCAGUUGGGUGGUUUGUAUAUUAAUUUCAAUGCAGAUAAACUACAGUCUAACAAGAGAACCCUAACACAGAUCAAGGAGAAAAAGAAAAAUGAGCUUCUGCAGAAAGCCGUCAUUACACCUGAUUUUGAAAAAAAACACUGUGUUCCACCAUAUAGUGAAUCAAAGUAUCAACUUCAGAAAAAACGCAGAAAAGAACGACAAAAAACAGCAGGGGAUGGCUGGUUUGGUAUGAAAGCUCCAGAAAUGACAAAUGAACUGAAAAAUGAUCUCAAAGCACUGAAGAUGAGAGCCAGCAUGGACCCGAAAAGAUUUUACAAGAAAAAUGAUAGAGAUGGCUUCCCCAAGUACUUCCAGAUUGGAACCAUUGUUGACAAUCCAGCUGAUUUCUACCAUUCACGAAUUCCCAAGAAGCAAAGGAAAAGAACUAUUGUGGAAGAACUGCUGGCUGAUUCUGAAUUCAGAAGAUACAACCGGAGGAAGUACUCAGAGAUCAUGGCUGAAAAAGCAGCAAAUGCAGCAGGAAAAAAGUUCCGAAAGAAGAAGAAAUUUCGCAAUUAAGAUUUACCAAGCAAACUGCAACAUUUUACAUUGCUCCUUUAUUUACUUAUUAUAGACGUUUUGAAAACUAACACCAUCAUAUAAAUUAACUUACCAUAGACUGGCCCUGUUCAUACAGGAAUUUGUAUUUGGAAAAAGUUGAUUUGAGAAUCAAUUACAUGCCCUUAGAAAAUAGGGGUGUCUACAAGGCCCACCCUGGCGUAGACUCUUUAAGGGAAAAAAGGAAAAAGAAUCUCAACCAUUUUAAGAUAACUGAUGGUUUGUAAAGUUUUCAAUGCUUAGUUAUUUAAAGAAAAUUUAAUUAAAAGAUAGGAAGUAUACAGUUUGCUAACAUGUUCAAAGAACUUUAAAAGAUCAAAGAUAUAUAAACAUUAUUGUAAUUAAUAGGUAGUUUUAUGUGUGUAUGUGUGAGUGUGUCGGUGUAGGGGACGGGAGAUGGUACAGAGGCAAUGCCCUAUAGUUAGCUAUAAAAUUCAGAUCCAGAAAGUUGGGAUACAAAGAUACGAAGAAUAUGACCUAGAAAGCUUGGGCAGAGGAGCUGUUUUCCUUGCUUGGCAACUGAAACAGGAAGGAAUAAUUGGUUUUUAUCUAGAUUAAGUGUUGUGGUCCAAGUAAAACAGGAUUAAACAAUAUAAUUUUGAGUUGGCCAGGGGUUCUUUGAAGUUAACCCAGCUUACCUCUUCUCCAGUGGUACAGUAUGCACCCUGGCUAAGCUGGUUUCUGGCACCCAAGGAGUGUUGGUCAUUUCUGUUGAUACUUGGUGAGUUGUAGCUUCCUUUAUGUUACUAUUCACUUUAUCUCUAUUUUUCCAGCAUACUGCUUCCUUGAGAUAUCAGCAAAUAUGAAAUAUUUUUUAAUAAUAGUUUUGGGGUACAUGUGUAGAACAUGCAGGUUACAUAGGUAUACACGUGCCAUGGUGGUUUGCUGCACCCAUCAACCUAUCUACAUUAGGUAUUUCUCCUAGUGCUAUCCCUCCCCUAGUCCCCCACCCACAACAGGCCCCAGUGUGUGAUGUUCCCCUCCCUGUGUCCAUGUUUUCUCAUUGUUCAACUCCCACUUAUGAGUAAGAACAUGCAGUGUUUGGUUUUCUGUUCUUGUGUUAGUUUUCCGUUCUUGCUGAGAUGGUUUCCAGCUUCAUCCAUGUCCCUGCAAAGGACAUGAACUCAUGCUUUUUUAUGGCUACAUAGUAUUCCAUGGUGUAUAUGUGCCACAUUUUCUUUAUCCAGUCUAUCUCAUUCACGGGCAUUUGUGGUGGUUCCAAGUCUUUGCUAUUGUGAACAGUGCCAAAGUAAACAUACAUGUGCAUGUGUCUUUAUAGUAGCAUGAUUUAUAAUCCUUUGGGUAUAUACCCAGUAAUGAGAUUGCUGGGUCAAAUGGUAUUUCUGGUUCUAGAUCCUUGCGGAAUCGCCACACUGUCUUCCACAAUGGUUGAACUAGUUUACACUCCCACCAACAGUGUAAAAGUGUUCCUAGUUCUCCACAUCCUCUCCAGCACCUGUUGUUUCCUGACUUUUUAAUGAUUGCCAUUCUAACUGGCAUGAGAUGGUAUCUCAUUGUGGCUUUGAUUUGCAUUUCUCUAAUAAGCAGUGAUAAUGAGCGUUUUUUCAUGUUUGUUGGCUGCAUAAAUGUCUUCUUUUGAGAAGUGUCUGUUCAUAUCCUUCACCCACUUUUUGAUGGGGUUUUUUUCUUGUAAAUUUGUUUAAGUUCUUUGUAGAUUCUGGAUAUUAGCCAUUUGUCAGAUGGAUAGAUUACAAAAAUUGUCUCCCAUUCUGUAGAUUGCCUGUUCACUCUGAUAAUAGUUUCUUUUGCUGUGCAGAAGCUCUUUAGUUUAAUUAGCUCCCAUUUGUCAAUUUUGGCUUUUGUUGCCAUUGCUUUUGGUGUUUUAGUCAUGAAGUCUGCCCAUACCUAUGUCCAAAAUCUCAUAUUUACUGCUUGGAGUCGCAAGCUAGUAAUAGCAGAACUGACAGUAACAUUCAUAGGUGGAGUUAGGGAAGCAUCUAUGUUUGUUCUCUUUUAUAAAAAAAACUACUUUUGUUUCUGGAAUACUAUGUUUUGCCUUCUACUGGAUUAAAUAAGGACCCAGUAUGAGA